AUCUGCAGUUACCGCCGGAUGACACGGAGGCGCUUUGUUCUGCCCUGAAUGUCUCAGUGUAUGAUUGGUGUGCCUGACAGGCCUGUUGGGCCUUGGGGGCCCAUACUUGUUCGGUAACGGAUGUAGGUGUGAUAAAGAGCUGGACUACGCCGUGGGCCCACUUUGAACUCCCAUGUGUUUAAAGUCGACGUUCACCCUCUUUUGUUCUUGAUCUACACACACUCCUUGUCACAUCACAGUCAAGCUUCGACAGCUUUAUCACAUUCUUUCCAAACUUCCCUCUCUUGUUCAAUUGACGGUCUGGACCUCCACUCAUUCAUCACUCCAUCAACAACACACAGUCUCUAUAAAGAAACUUCGCCACACUCCCUUGUGUAGCCAACAAAGAACAUCUUCAAACAACACCGUCACAGACCCUCUCAAUCAACAAAAUGCUUUCCAAAUUCACCUUUGCCAUCGUGGCACUCCAGGCUAGCCUUGCCCUUGCUGGCAAAGCCGUCAUCGCCAACCGCUGCAGCUACGACAUCUGGGUCUGGUCGAUCUCUACCGGAUACGGCGUACCUACAGCAGUCCGCAUCCCUUCACGAACCACCCACAGCGAGCCCUACAACGGUGUCAGCACUUCCAUGAAGGUCAGCAAGUCUGAGAACCUCGUCGCUGGUCAGCACACCCAAUUCGAGUACUCCAUCGCCAAUGGCCAGCUCUGGUACGACAUCUCUUUCGUCGACUGCGCCAAGGGCGAGUCUGCGUCCAACUGCCCCGGUCACGACGAAGGCCUCGCUAUGGAUGCCAGCGACGACAGCUGCGGCAAGAUCGACUGCGAGGCUGGAACAUACUGCCCUUCGCAGAUCUACUACGUCGACCAGCCUCUGAAGAAGCUUGGUAUCGCUGAGCCUGUCUUCAUGUGCCCCAGCUCCCUGGGCACCAGCCCCGACCUGUACAUGAAGGUCUGCUCUGGCGAGGAACAGAUCAAGAGGAGCGUUGCUGGACGCAUGCAGAUCAACGGCGAGGCUUAGAUAGCCCUGGUGCCGCGCACUUUACGAUUACUUCUCCAGCUCUUUUAUGAUUACUUCUUACGUUCUUUAUACAUAAACUAGGGAUGGGACAUGGGAUAUACCUUGGGUCACGAUUUGGUUACGACUUUGGAUGAUUCAAUGAAACGUGUUACGCUA